UCGGCGAAAAUAAAAUUGUUUUUAAAUACACUGUGUGAAUAUAAAAAAAUAUAACUUGUUUACUGUUCACAAUGGCGAUGAUGAUGACUAGCGGUUUUCCUAAUUCCGAAGGUUUAGGAGUUGGAAUGGAGUGGAUGAACAAUGAAGUAUCUACAGGUACGACACUUGCUGCAACUGAAUUUGAAGGAGGCGUCAUUAUUGGUGCAGAUUCCAGGACUACUACAGGUUCUUACGUUGCUAACCGUGUCACAGACAAGUUGACCAAAAUUACAGACUAUAUCUACUGUUGUCGGUCUGGCUCUGCAGCAGAUACCCAGGCUAUAGCUGACAUUGUCAAAUAUCAUGUGGACUUUCACAGAAUGGAGACAGGGGAAGAGCCUCUUGUCAACACUGUAGCCAACAUCUUCAGACAGCUGUGUUAUGAAAACAGAGAUCAAAUUUCAGCUGGAAUCAUUGUGGCUGGAUGGGAUAAACAAAAAGGAGGACAGGUGUACUCCAUUCCCUUAGGUGGCAUGCUACAAAGAAUGCCCUAUUCUAUUGGAGGAUCUGGUAGCACUUAUCUUUAUGGUUAUGUUGAUGCAGGUUAUAAACCCAAUAUGAAAAAGGAAGAUGCAUUACAAUUUAUAGCCAAUGCUGUUUCCUUGGCCAUCAACCGUGAUGGAAGUAGUGGUGGCAUUAUCAGACUAGCUGCCAUUUCUAAAGAUGGUGUGGAAAGAUUUACAUUGACAGGAAAAGACAUGCCCAAAUUCUUUGAGGACAGUUAAACACAUUUGUUAGCAUUAUUAUUAUAUAUAUAUAUUUUUUUUUUUUUGUAUAAAUUUGGUUUACUUUCUUAGAUUGAAAUUUUGUUUGAAAAAAAAAAAAGGUUGCCUCCCUUUACUUAAAAAAAAAAAAAAAGUUUCAUUGGGAACAAAAAUUAGAAGUAAAAUGUUGACAUCAUGGUAAAUAACAAACAAUUAAAAUAAAAAUAUGUCAAGUACCAUUGCUGGUAGAGAGAUUGAGCUUGGUUCACAAUAACUGUAACAUUGGUAAAAAUAUAAACAAAUAAGUAUUUGUUUUCUUCUCUUGUUCUUGCAUUCAAGUGUGAAUGUUAGUUACAGAUAGUCAUUGUAUGAAAUUCACAUUUCAGCUUGCAUCACACUCUCUCACUAAAGUACUGUGUAACUCAUGAAUAAAAUGUUUGUUUGAUAUUGA